UUUAAUGAAACACGAAGACGAAGUUCAUGCCUGAAGUUUUGUAAACAAUCUUCUAGAUCUAGAUCUAAUUCUAAUAACUAGACUAGUGAAGAUAUUAUGAUCAUGAUGCUAGAUCUAUCCUAGAACAGAUCCAACUAAACUAGCCUAUCUAAACAGAUAGUAAUUACUAUUAGCUAUAAUGUAUAGAUUGAGGUAUUUAACAAGCAGAUUUCUGUCAAAGAAACCAUUAAGAACUAUAAGCCAGUCAUUACAACAGUAUGUGUUACCCUCAACCACUCAACAUAAUCACUUCAGAAAAUAUUACAACGGUAACACAGAAGGAGAUGGUCAAGAAAGGAAAAUUCCAUCUUCAUUGGGUGUGUCAAAUACAAUAUAUGCCCUUUCUUCUGGAAAAGGCAAAUGUGGAAUAGCAGUUAUAAGGAUUUCUGGACCAAAAGCAAGUUUAGCUAUAGACCAGAUUUGUCAUUUAGCAGUAAAACCACGAAUAGCAAAUUUACGCAAAUUGCAUGACCCACAUACACAGGAAAUUUUAGACGAGGCUCUUGUUUUGUGGUUUCCAGGUCCACAUAGUUUUACUGGAGAAGAUAGUGUAGAAUUUCAUGUUCAUGGUGGUCCAGCGGUUAUAACGUCUGUGUUAGCUGCAUUAAGUUCACUAUCAGGAUUUAGACCAGCUCUUCCCGGGGAAUUCGCUAAACAAGCUUUUUUAAAUGGCAAGCUAGACUUAACUGAAGUUGAAGGACUUGGUGAUUUGAUUCAUGCAGAGACAGAACUGCAAAGAAAACAGGCUCUUCGACAAAUGGGUGGUGAAUUGGGGCAUAUGUAUGCUCAGUGGAGAACAAGGCUCAUUAAGUGUAUGGCCAAUACAGAAGCCUUUAUUGACUUCCAUGAGGAAGAGAAUAUAGAGGAUGAUAUUUUAGAAUCAGUAACAACUGAAGUAUUUAGAAUCAGAGAUGAAAUACUGAAUCACCUAAAUGACAGCAGACGGGGUGAAAGAUUAAGAGAUGGAUUACAUGUUGUAAUUUUGGGAGAGCCAAAUGUUGGGAAAAGCAGUUUGCUUAAUGCUCUAUGUCAGAGGCCUGCUGCCAUAGUUUCGCCUAUUGCAGGAACAACUCGUGAUAUUGUGGAAACUGCAUUAAACAUUGCUGGUUAUCCAGUUAUGAUAAGUGACACAGCUGGACUGAGAGAGACUGAGGAUUUGGUAGAGAAAGAGGGAGUGCUGAGAGCUAUUAACAGGGCCAGCUCAGCUGAUUUAAAAAUUCUUGUCCUAGAACAACCAAGCCAUGGAAGAUUAUUGAAAAACAUUUUGUCAUUAAAUGACUUUGUCUCAUUGUAUAUGCAAAAUCUUGGACUUCAAGAUGAUCAUAUAACAGAUAACUCAAGCUGUUUAAACCUAUCUAAUAUUCUUAUAGUAUUAAACAAAAGUGACAUGGCAUCGCAAGAGUCUUUAACUUUGGAUCAUUUGCACGAAUUUGAAGAUCAUGUAUGUUCUAUUUCAUGCCAAACUGGUCUUGGAUUUGACAUUUUUAUGAAGAAACUAGUUAAUAAACUUAAGAAUCUCUGUGGAAAUCCCGUGGUCGGCAGCCCAAGUUUGACUCAAGCACGCCAUCGGCACCACCUUGACAAGUGUCAGCAGCAUUUAAGUGAGUUUACUCCUUGGUUACAAACGGAUGUUGUUUUAGCAGCAGAACAUUUGCGCUUAGCAGCCAGAGAAUUGGGCCAAAUAACUGGCCUAGUGUCUACAGAUAAUAUUUUAGAUGUAAUAUUUAGAGACUUUUGUAUAGGAAAAUAAAAAAAAACUAUUCAA